CAUUGUGAGUAUAGAAGCCUAGAAAGCUGAAGGAUGGCCAGAACCAAGCAGACGGCUCGUAAGUCCACCGGAGGAAAAGCUCCCAGGAAGCAGCUGGCCACCAAGGCCGCCCGGAAGAGCGCCCCAGCCACCGGCGGCGUCAAGAAGCCUCACCGUUACCGUCCCGGUACCGUGGCUCUGCGGGAGAUCCGCCGCUACCAGAAAUCCACGGAGCUGCUGAUCCGCAAGUUGCCCUUCCAGCGCCUCGUCAGAGAGAUCGCUCAGGACUUCAAGACCGACCUGCGCUUCCAGAGCUCCGCCGUCAUGGCUCUGCAGGAGGCCAGCGAGGCUUACCUGGUCGGACUCUUCGAGGACACCAACCUGUGCGCCAUCCACGCCAAGAGGGUCACCAUCAUGCCCAAAGACAUCCAGCUGGCCCGCCGCAUCCGUGGAGAGAGAGCUUAGACUCAGAACACGACCAACGCACCGACAACGGCUCUUUUCAGAGCCGCCAAGUCCUUCAACAGCUGUCAUCCUGCUCACUGCUGUCAUUCAUUUACUGAUAUAUCAUUAAAUAUGUCACACAGAGUACAACUACAAACCACCUUGGAAUGGAGAGCAGCAACAUUUAUCAUACUCUCACAUUACACUCUUAUUUCAUCUGGAACACAUAAAACAAUAUUUGCACAUUGUUUACAGAGGACAUUUAGGAUUUAUCUUAAUUUGCUUAUUUAUCUGUAUUUAUGGUGGGAGGAACUGGACUCUUUCUAGACAGAUUAAACCUUUAUUGAUCCCACAGUGGGGAAAUUUACAAUGUAACAGCAGCAGAUGGAACAGAAUAAAAAGGAGAGCAGCACACAGUGCAUAGAUAUAAAUAUUUCCUCCUUCUAGAAGUAAAAUGCAAUAUUUACAGCAUCAUUAUGUACAUGUUUAUUGCACAGUUAGUUAGUGGGUGAACUGAGCUACUGGGAGGUUGAUUGUAAAGUGUGACUGCAGCAGGAAGGAAGGACCUGCAGUAUCUCUGCUUUAGACAGUGCAGGUGAAGCAGUCUGUGACUGAAGGAGCUGCCAGUGAUGAUACUGUGUCCUGCAGGGGCUGGGAGGUGUCCUCCAUGGUAGACAGCAGCUUUGUCUUCAUCCUCCUGUCUCCCACCUCCUCCACAGGAUCCAGGGUUCAGCCUGUGUUUCUAUAUUCCAUUCCACACAGUUCCCUACUUCAACAGGGUUCCCAUGCGUCCUGGAAAACCUGGAAAAUGAUUGACCAAUUUUCCAGUCAUGGAAAAAGAGAAAAAAGGUCAAAUGUCCUGGAAACUGAACUUAUCCUGGACAAUAUUUAUGCUCCCCCUGUCAAUACAAACGGGUUAAAAGUUAUGCGCAUGUAUGUGUGUUGUCUCCUUAUCUUCUGGGCAACAUUAAGGCAUAUAAUAUAUAUAAUAAUAUAUAUAUAAUAGUGCUUCUCUGCUUCUAGUUGACGCAGCGCCCCACGUGACCCUAAAAGCCAAUCAAAUCUGCGUUUCCGGUUCCAGCAGUUCUGCAUCCAGUUCUUCCAGUUUAGCGACUUUUCAGACCCCGUUAAGGACUGAUCGCUUAGAGAUAAAACUAGUGACUGUAAGCUGAAAAGUGUGGCUAGUGUUGGGGUUGAGGGUUUUCUCUCCCGUGGGCGGCCACAGGUUCCUCUCUGUCCUCCGUGGAGUGACAGCAGAGGAGAGUUCUAGUGGGCGUGUCGCUUCCUGAUUGGCUGUGAGAUGCAACAUCUGUGAUUUCAGCACAGCGGGAGUUUAACAGGGAAUCUGAAUGGACCACGUUUCACUCAGUAGUUCACACCUGUUUUACUGUCUGACAGAAAUAAGGGAAUGAAAACAACAUGAGGAAUUCUGUUGUAUUACUAUGUGCACAGAUAGAUGGAGAGAAGAAAUUACAGAGAUUAACCACUUUUCAUGUCGACUUAAUCUCGUUAAUUUCCAAUAAAAGUAGUUGUCAACAGAGUGAGAUGUGCACAGAGAGCACAGGGAAGAGGAGAAGACUGGAACUAUGACAUGUUCAUUUGAACCGCAAGCAUGGGCGCAUCUUAGAACACCUUCAGUUUUACAAUUGCUGCUUCAUCCCUGACUACUGGCAUUUCUUAUUUCCACUAUAGGCUCACUGUCUCAAAACCGAUGCACAAAAACCGAUACACAUAAUAAUAAUAAUAAUAAUAAUAAUAAUAAUAAUAUUAUUAUUAUUAUUAUUAUUUUGUUAUUAUUUUUACCAUUGUUUU